CAGGAAAAUCAGUCUGGUGACGGCGACCCGAUUGAAGGUGGAGGAUUGCCGGCGGAGCAGGGAAUGGAUGGAUAAUUUGAUUGCCGUAGAUUAUCUCUGAUUAGAGAAUGAAAUGGAGCUUUAAGGUUGAAUGGGAAAGCUACGUGCUGCACAAAUGCCAGAUAGCUCUUCGUCUUCUUCAUCUUCUUCUCCUACCUGUCAAGUAAGGAAUUUUACAGGCUUCGAUGCUUCCCAUGAUAUUAGAAUAUUAACCUCCAAAGAAAGAAAGAAAUGGAGGACCUAAGUAAUUAGGAAGUACUCCUACUCAUUAAUAAAAUACCAAUCGGAGAUCUGACUUCUCUCCGCAGUAAUUUUCAUUACAGGCAGAUGGUAGGUCAGGUCAGCAAUCUGACUUCUCUCCUCCUUCCAUUAAUCUCCAUUCAACAUUUGCAGAAGCAGCAGCAAUCCGAUUGCAAUAGCUAGCCGGACGCCAUGGGAGGACCACCCGACGCCGCCGAGCCCAUCCCAUUGCUGCAAUUGGGCGGCCUCCCGUCGCCCCCCGCCGGCGACGACGAUGUACUCGAUUCAGAGCAGUUAUCCACCGUUGACUCCAAAAGAACAGGGAAAACAUGGACGGCGGUUGCUCAUAUCAUCACCGGAGUUAUCGGAUCGGGAGUGCUGUCCCUGGCGUGGAGCAUGGCUCAGCUCGGCUGGAUUUGGGGCCCGAUUUUGAUGCUGUUCUUUGCUGCUGUGACUUUGGUGUCUGUCUUCCUCCUCAUCAGUUUCUACAGAUCUCCCGAUCCUGAUUACGGCCCUGUCAGGAACAGAUCUUACAUUGAUGCAGUGAAGAACAAUUUAGGCAAGAAGUAUGCUGGAAUAUGUGCCAUUUUGAUACAGAUGAAUCUGUUCGGGACCGGAGUUGCAUACACCAUCACCACUGCAAUUUGCUUGAGCGCGAUACAGAGAUCGAAUUGUUACCACGUGCACAGUCGCGGCGCGCCUUGCGAAUUCUCGAACACGCCGUGGAUGCUGUUGUUUGGAUUGAUUCAGGUGUUCAUGUCUCAGAUACCUGAUUUCCACAGCAUGGAGUGGCUUUCAAUGGCUGCUGCCGUCAUGUCGUUUGCUUACGCUUCGAUUGGUUUCGGAUUGGGCGCCGCAAAAGUUGUAGGAAAGGGAGCUGUUGAAGGCAGCAUUUAUGGAGUUCCGACUACGACGGCGAUGCAGAAAGUGUGGCGAGUCUCUCAAGCAGUCGGAGACAUUGCGUUCGCCUAUCCUUACACUAUGGUUCUUCUCGAAAUACAAGACACCCUCAAGUCUCCGCCGUCGGAGUCGCAAACAAUGAGGAAGGCGUCGGUGGUUUCGAUGGGAAUCAUCACAUUUUUCUACCUCGCCUGCGGAGGCUUUGGAUACGCCGCGUUCGGCGAUGAAACCCCUGGCGACCUCUUGAACGGAUUUUCCACCUACGGCCCUUAUUGGCUGAUCAACUUCGCCAAUGCCUGCGUCGUUUUGCACUUAAUCGGCGGCUACCAGGUCUACUCGCAGCCGGUGUUUGCCAUGGUCGAUCAAUGGGCGGAAGACCGGUUUCCGGGGAGCCACAGAAGCUAUGCGGUGGAAGUGCCGGGGCUGCCGGCGUGGCGGUUGAAUAUCGGGAGGCUGUGCUUCCGGACGGCGUACGUUGCAUCGACGACGGCGGUGGCGAUGGUGUUCCCUUAUUUCAAUCAGGUUUUGGGCGUGCUGGGUACCAUCAAUUUCUGGCCGCUGUCGAUUUAUUUUCCGGUGGAAAUGUGGCUCCGGCGGAAGAAUGCGGCGGCGUGGAGCGGCGAGUGGGUGGUGUUUAGGGGCUUCAGCGUUGUUUGUCUGGCGAUCACUCUCUUCAUUUUGGCGGGAUCCAUUGAAGGAAUUGUUUCUGCCAGGUUUAGUUAAUUAACACAGAUUGCAUAGAGAAGAAGAGUUUAUACAGACGAGGUAAUGUUUUAUUGUAAUGUUGUAUCAUUUGUAUGCAUACAGAUAUUUUAAAAUAUAGUGGUAAUUUUUUGGUGUUA